AAUGAGACCUUUGGCCAGAGCUUUCUCAAUCCUUACCUUAUCUUUACCUUAGAACUCCGCAUGCACCUUUGCUUUGCUUAACCUUCAUAAGAAAAGGACGAGUUAGCUUGGGGAUGAUCCCCUCGGGCCUGCCCGGUGGAAAACGAAUCAAAAUGCAGUGUCUAGUUGCAUUGGUAGGGAGGAAUCGCUGAGCAUACUUGAACUUGACCGAGCUCGAGUCAACCUUUUUUAUAAUAAGCUUUUUCUACACCUACCGCUUGCUUACUAAAACCCACAGGCUUCUUUCUCUAUUCCCGCUGGCCUGUGCUAUUGAUAAUGGAAUUCUUCCUUCCCUAUUUGCUGGAAAAGGAACUACAUCCUCGGCUUAAGAAUCAGUCUCGGCCUCCAAAACGAAAAAAGGAAAAGGCUUUUUUGUUCGCUUGCCGGCUUAACCACGCAAUUUAUAUUAUAUACACGAAAUUCCGUGCUUACCCCCUCCUUCUUGAAUCCAUCACCAUCAGCCACUUUUUAUCCUUGAGCUCCCACACAAAAAAUGAAAAAAUUGAUUGACGGAUGCAACCCAAUAAAAAAGAAAGUAGUCGUAAAGGUUGGUUUCAUUCCCCUCUCCGUAGGGAGAAACCCUUGUCCUUCACCUCUUUCUUCGAACGAGUUGGCAAAAGAGUUGAUGCUAGGGCUUAUGCCUUUCCAAUGGCAUCUGUUUUGUCUCUAUCUUUUGGUGCCCUCUCCUUUUGUGCCGCCCCCAAAGCAUUCAUUCCUUUCACUGGCGUUCACCCGACCGAGCUUAACCGAAAGGCUAUCUUGAUAGAAGAGCUCCAAUAGCCGCCCACUUCUUCCUCACCCUUGGAACCAACCAAGGGGCUUAGCCGACCGAGGUCCUAUCCUUCCCUGUAAUGAGACGAAGGAAGCGAAGCGGGCUGCUUGUCUUGCCUAUUUAUAUGCCUAAGGAGUGAAAGAAAGACUAUCCAAAAGCAGAAGCAGUAGUAGUUGCUAGUUUGAUUUCUCCAGGCACGGAAGGAAGGACUAUAGAAAAUGAAUGAUCCACGCUUGGUUCUUUUAAUAUAGGUUAGAUUCCAGG